AUGCCCAGAGAUUUGCGCCAUUGUCUGACGUCUGCCGAGCCACUGUUAACGACAUCUGAAGAUUUCGUAGGGCGCCCCUGUGCAGCAAUAGAGCCGAGCGAUCAACGGGAAAUCGGCAAGGAGGACCUUGGUGACGGCAACGGAUGCAAAAUCUUGCAAAGAAACCACUUGUUCCCCGGCAAAUACACCAACCAUGACCCGCCAAAUGACAGGCUUUGCUAUGGCGUGCGAAUUGGGGCAGCGGAGCUCUGCCAAAACCCCGGAAAUACGGUCACUAAUCAAGGAAUCCCCGUAAUCGACAUGGCAAAAUAUCUGUACCGCAAGACCGAGUCUCCAUUGCUUAGGAGCCCCUCUAGCGGUCUCGGAGAAGCCAGGGGACAUGACUCCACCCACUAA